GGUCCCGGGAGGUGUGAGCGGCGCGCUGGGUGUCUGCCGCGGCCCUUCAGCCCGGCCCGGUGGCACCCACUGCCGCGGGUGGCAGUAAGCGGGGACCGGCUCUGCAGGGGAGCGAGGCGCGGAGCGGUCCGCUGCAGGCCUUGUAUGCCGCCGGGCCCCCGAGGCGUGCCUGGGGGAGACACAGCCGUACACGGGGUCUGCCCCCUGAUCUGUGUGCGUGCUUGUCCACGGCUUGUGGCGGUUUGGAGCUGCCCGGGGGGUUCCUAGGCAGGGCUGAGUGGGACCUGCAGCAGCGCCCUGCGCCCCGGCAGUCCCUGGCUUUGGGAGCGGAAAAAUGUGUCCCCAAGACUGCUGACCUCAGACCUUGCAGAUCCCACCUUACCAGGCAAAGCUGUGAUGGCCAGUCACCAAGCAGAAGUUCAGAGUUUGAAGCUUGAUAAUGAUUCAGUUAUAGAAGGAAUAAGUGACCAGGUACUGGUGGCAAUUGUGCUCAGUUUCACUUUCAUUGCUGCUCUGGUGUAUACGCUUUUAAGAAAUGAACAUCAGAACAUACACCCAGAAAAUCAAGAGCUAGUGCGAGCUCUUCGUCAGCAGCUUCAAACAGAGCAGGAUGCUUCUGCCGAUGAUAGACUUCGCUUCUAUACAGAUAUGUCCUGUCCAGUCUGUUUGCAGCAGGCUACAUUUCCUAUAGAAACAAACUGUGGACAUCUUUUCUGUGGUUCCUGCAUUAUUGCCUACUGGAGGUAUGGCUCAUGGCUUGGUGCCAUCCGUUGCCCAAUCUGCAGACAAACGGUAACAUUGUUUUUACCACUGUUCAGUGAAGAUCAGCAGGAUGCAGCCCAAGUAUUUCAAGAUGUUAAUGAUUACAAUCGGAGGUUCUCAGGACAGCCCAGAUCUAUUAUGGAAAGAAUUAUGGAUCUGCCCACCUUAUUGCGGCAUGCUUUCAGGGAGAUGUUUUCCGUUGGAGGCCUCUUCUGGAUGUUUCGCAUCAGAAUAUUCCUCUGCUUGCUUGGAGCCUUGCUUUACCUGGCUUCACCCCUGGAUUUUCUUCCUGAAGCUCUCUUUGGAAUUCUGGGCUUCUUGGAUGAUUUCUUUGUAAUUUUUCUUCUCCUGAUAUAUAUCUCUAUCAUGUACCGGGAAGUGGUAACACAGCGGCUGAAUAGAUGAAAUGGACAAAAAUUACCCCAAAGCAGAGGCAGUUGUGGGAUGUAAUAUCAGUAUGGUUUACCAAGGCACCUGUGUACAGUUUCAGUAGUUACAACUUUAUAGCUGGUCAUCUUAUACAAAUAUGAAGGGUUAGUAUGUGGUGAUGCUUAACUGGACCCUUUAAUUAUGUAUACUACAUACGCUUCAUAAGAUGAGGUUAGUUUUAUGAUAUAAUAAGCUACCUUCCUCUUCUUUCACCUGAUGAACAAUUGUAUGUAAUCAAAACAGAAAGCACCUUUUUUUGGUGUGUGGUUUAUGAAAAAGGAGUUCUAGUAAAGGACUUCUAAUGAAAAGUCCAUUUGGGUAAUCUGGACAUAUAUAAGGAAAUCCAGCAAUUCUUCACAGUACAGUUGUCACAGCUAGAUUUUUUUAAAGUCUCCCUGUUGUGGGCUAGAGUCUUUUAAAAUAACAAUAGCUUUGUGUGUCUCUGUGGAAGAAGAAACCCAAAGACUGCAUUACAAUUACCACCCUGCAGUUUGCUAUUGCCCACAUGCUUCACAAAAAGAAGGAGAACACCUCAGUAUUGCUUGAACUGCACUAUGUACAGUUGCAUGCAAUUUGUGCAAUUUUAUUUUUACAUUUGGGAAUACACACAGUAUUUGAUCUAGAUAGAGUAACCAAUAUUAUGCACUGGUUAGUGCUGUUUUUAAGUGGGAGCAUGAUUUUAUUCUUCAGGCUUCUUUAUGUGGUAGGUACGUAUCUUGAAAGCAGGGGGUUUAUGCUGCUCUGGGUCAGUUCAGUGUAUCUGAAGUGAGUGUUUGCAUUCCUGUAGUUGCAUUUGAGUAUUUAGCCAAUAGAAAGAACUCUCAAAUUUUAAAUAGUGGUUGAAGAAAAGAAGUCAGAACUGUAUGUUUACACUGCAGAACUUUACCUGAAUGUACUUUCUGCAAUACAAGUAUUAAACAACUUAGAUAUUGGGGUGAUUGGUUUUCAGUUGGGGUUUCCUUGUUUGGUUGGUUAGUUGGUUGAUUUGGAUGUGGGUAGAGUGGGUUCUGAAUUACCUUGAAAAUGGUCUGUGAUAAGGGACCACAAAAAAAUACUAGAAAUAUUUUUUAAAAUACCAGGUUAUUAAUUAUCCUUAAAGUUGAUCUUUAUUUUCCCUGAUGAAUUUGAAUAUAGGCUAUCAUAGCUACAGAAGUAAUUUGAAAGUAUUUCCAUUUUAAGACAUUAAUACCAGUAGAAAAAUCAAAGAUAUCAUAGGUCUAUGUACUUUUUAGUUAGAGGAAUAAUAAUAGCCAUUUGAACUUCCUGAGUACUUGAAAGACAGUGAUUAGACAGGUGAUUCUUUGUGUGUUUACAUACAUGGGAUGAGACUUACAAUGAAAGGGACCUUUUCACGACUUCUGUGUUUGCCCAUGGUGGCUGGUUGUUAGAGAUGGGCAAAAGGGGAAACACUAAGUGAAACAAGGGAGGGAGGAGGAGAACAAAACAAAAAAUGGCAUUUUUUGGAAGCAAAUGCUAUUUGGUUUGGCAAACUAUCUAUUAUUAAGCAUCUUAGUUGAGCUUUUCCUUUUGUGUUGGCAUUGCUACUGUAUGGAUGGUUUAGUGGCCAGCUCAGAAGUUAUUAAAGUAUUAUUAAGUGUGGAUGUUCAUAAACUGUUAGGUACAUUCACAAAGCAAGAUAAUAGUUUAGGAUGUUAGGUAUGACAGGAUUUUGCAGUUUUGCUGUAAGCAUUGUUUGGGUUUUGGUUUUUAUUCCCCAAGAUACCCAGCUGACAGCAAACUCCAAAAAAGUUUUAAUUGAGUAAAUUUAACACCAUAUUUUCUCCUGGA